UCGCCAGAAUCAUCCACACAUUUGAUAUCGCCGUCUCCUCCCGCGCAGGCGCCAUUUCCAAACCCCUCACAAACCCCCGCGCGAUCCCGCCAGAGAGAGCUCCGGCAGACCGGCACCGGCGACCGGAGCGGUGCUCUCCUCCGUCCCCUCCCCCUCCCGCCGCCGUCGCGUCCCCGAGGUACAGGUCCCCGCGAAGGAGGCUCCGGGUUCAGGCCGCAGCACCGCCGCAGCGUCGCGCGCCGGCCUCGAUCGUCUCGUCACCGAUGCACCAGAUAUGCUUCCAGGUCUUUCACCGCCUCCGUCUCUGGUGCCGAGCGUGUCACCCGCAGCUACGCCGUCUUCAUCCAUAGGCGCCAGCAUCGCCAUUGUUGCGGUUGUCAUAAUUGCCACGACUCUCUUGACCUGUUGCAUUGGGGUCCUCUGCCGUAGCUCCCGCCAUCGUCGCACGUCCCGCUCUUCAUUCUCCUGCCGCCGCAGCAGCUCCCCCAAGGCCUCGUCGUCAGCAGCGUCCGAAAUGAAUGCAGAGGUGUAUGUGUCUGGGUUGGAGCUCCCUGUGCCAUCUGCGCCCUGUCUACCGGAGGUGGAGAAGGUGAUCUUGGAGCUGCUCUCGCAACCCCCAGUGCUGGUGCAGCCGGGGAGCAGAAUGUUUUGCUGCAUCUGCGGCCAAUUUUUUGUGCCUGGUGAUUUGAUCAUGGCCCUUCCGGUGUGCUCGCACAAAUUCCAUCAAUCGUGCGUUAUCUCACGGAUUCGCCGACCCGCAGCACCUUCAUGCUGUCCCUUCUGUGAUGCUCCCAUUACCAUUCCCUCCACUAACAAGACAAGGCUUGCACCAACUUACUGCUCAGAUCAGUAUGACAUUGAGGCACAGAUCAUGACAACGCCAGCUCCGCCUGGAGAGGAGGUGGCAGAGGCUGUUGGGGGCUCUCGUGGGUGGCUGCGAUCUUCACUGGACAGACUUUCAGGAAGCUGGAGGGGUUGCUCCAGCAACCAUGCCACUGCAGUGGUGGUGCUGGUGCCCUUACAGGAUACAACCAGAAGCUGGAGACUAGACAGCAUGGGCCACCUUGGCACUGAUUCAAAUGGCACCCAGAUGCAGUCUGGCGAGGAGGUACAGGCUGUUGGGGGCUCUCAGGGGUGGCUGCGCUCUUAUUUGGCUACACUCUCCAACACCUGGAGUGGACGCUCAGACAGCCCUUCCUCUAGUGUGGUUUUACCGUUGUCCUCAGGGCGUGCAACUGAGAGCUUGAGCCAGGUACCAAGUGGCGGUGGCGGUACUGGUUCAUGGUCUAGGAGCUGGGAUCUUGAAGCAGCUGAGCAGAGGACCUAGGUCUUCUAAUUUGAUCAUGCCCGAUGGUUGCUGUGAAACCAGGCUUUUUCAUCUGUCAAAUCAUGAUGCUAUCUAGUUUCCCGCAAUUUUCAUUGCUGCUGAAUUUUUUCAGUUUGUACAGACCUGGAAAUAUGGUACGACUAUGUUCAUACGAAAGCGUGAAUGCUUUUACUUGAAGAAAAGUGCAGGCGGGUGAUGGAUUAUGAAAGUUUACAUGAUCACGUGCUGCUCAGUUCUAAGUGGUUCCCCAUGAUCAAUAUUGAGUUGCUCUACUAGCCAAUUAUGGUUUUCAUAAGUUUGCAUGAUGCACCACUAGACAUGUUGCCUCUUUUGCUUGUGAAAUAGAUGUAUGCAACUCGAUCUUGUUUGGAUGUUUCUCUUGUUACUGGUCAUAGCAGAUGAACACUUGAUUUCUGGGUUGUUUGGUGCAAAUGAUGUUUAGGUCUUGCCUGUUCUCUGUUUGGUGGAAAUUAUUGGCCUGGAGCAAAACUUGUCUUGCUAACUCCUGUUUAGUUCAAA